AUCUCCAAGCCUAUUUCCUGCCUUGCACCCACUGCUGCCAGGAUAGGCUGUGGUUCCCGACAGUGAAUUCACGUAAGCAGAUUUAGGAAUGAGACCCGGCACUUCAGAGUGCCUGUCCCCGGUGCUCACCACAGCACGAGUUAAGCUGGAUCUGACAAGAGCAGAUUUUUUUGCCAGAUUUGACGUUAGGUUUGACUUUUCUUUGAGUGCAGGUAGAGUUUCUACCUUCUCAGACAUCUAAAUGCAAAAAUCCCGAAUUCCGUCUUGCAGCGUUCUCAUCUAGUCAAAGGCAUGGGGCUGCAUAAACGGCAAUGCUUGACACGAGCUCCUCAAUUAGCAUCGCGUCGCCGCACGCAGGGACAUUUGCUUGAGUGACACGAAGUGUCAAGACGAAUGGCUCCUCCUGCUUCACCACACCCAUUCUUGAUUUGACUAGCCUGGCAGCGUUCUGGGUUCGGAUUGGACAGAGAAAUGUCACUUAAUCGUGACUGCACAAAAACAAAAGGAGGCAAUGAAGAUAAAAAACAGAGCAAGCUCGGAGAAAGUGCGAGGCGGAGGGAAGAAGCUCUGAUUGUCUGUCAGUCCCAAGCAGCAGCGAAAACAGCUGACGGGGGAGCAUACACCUUCAAGGACGGGCUGGGUUCCUUAAUGACAAGAUGCCGCGAGGAUUUCUAGUAAAAAGGAGCAAGCGAGCGUCCGCCGCAUCCUACAGGGUCCGUGACGACGAGAAGGACCCCCUAAACCGGGAAUACCUGCCUGACAUGGCAGAAAUGCAGACUGUUGCGCACACAGAAGAAGUGCGGCUAUCCCGCCAUGCGCUCGAGACGCCCGAGGAAAACGAAGAGGCUGGAGCGGAUCACGCCGAUCAGUCCCCGAGGGCGGCUACCUCCGAUGAUUGCCCUUUCCUGGCUGGUGUACCCAACGCAAGGCACGACUCGCCACAACAAGACUCGUCCGUGUUCACCGGCAUCUCAUACACCAGUCCGAUCAAACUGGUCGGGACGGAAAUGAAAAAGGCACUCUUUGAAAGAUGCCUUAGCUCCCCGGCUUCUGCAGAAUCGUUUCCUACUCCGACCUCAGUGACCCCCAUCGAGAGACUCUUAAUGCACCCUCUGACCUUCUCGGGCUCCGACAUCAAAAUGGACACCCCGGCUCACUUGUAUUCCACGUUCCACCAUGCCAUGAAGCGGCCCUAUGGGGAAUGUACAGAACGAAAAAACAAAGGGCUGGUUAAAAAAACCAAAGUCAUGAGGAAACUGAACUUCGAAGACGAGGUGACUACCUCCCCCGUGCUUGGGCUAAAGAUAAAGAAAGAGUGCCCGGGACUGAAACCAAGCGCCAGCUCGGGCAGCAGGAACCCCUUAGGUGAGUUCAUAUGCCAGCUUUGUAAAGAGGAGUACCCGGACCCGUUCUCCUUAGCGCAGCACAAGUGCUCUCGGAUUGUCAGGGUCGAGUACCGCUGCCCCGAGUGCGAGAAAGUUUUCAGCUGCCCCGCCAACCUCGCGUCUCAUCGCAGGUGGCACAAACCUCGCCCGCCUAACAGCGAAGACAAACACAGUUCCAAAAAACAGGAGGUCGCCCUUGAGCUGGAAACGCUCAAGCCGCUGGUCAAAGGCAAAGAGAACGCCGGCAAGCUCCUCGCUCGAGAUCAGCACCACGCGUCUACGGACAGCUCCCUCUGCCAGGGCGCCGAGGCGCUCCUCAAGCACGAAGCCAAGCUCGCCUUUCAGGAGAGCGCCUUGUUCCUGGACCCUCGUUUUCACCCACCAGGGGGCUCCUUAUUGUUCGGAAGCAAGUCCAGCGCAACAGGUAGCGACAAGAUGCUGACUUGUACAGACGCAACAGACGAGGUGGCCCUGCCACAUUCGCCAACGCCCGGCUUGCAAGACGAGCUGUUUGAAUGUCACCAUUGUCAAAAGAAGUUUCGUAGGCAGGCCUACCUCAGAAAACACCUGGCCGCGCACGAAGUGGUGCGAUCGUCGUCCUCUUCGACGUCCUCCUCCUCCUACUGUCACAUCGAAAGCGGCCAGAUCACUUACCCGUGCCAUCUUUGCGGGCUGCACUUCCCGUCCGCCGAGAUCAGGGACAAGCACCGGCUGUGGCACGCUGUACGAGAGGGCAUCUGUGGUACCUCGUUAGGUCGACAGGACCCCGUACCAGGACAGCAGCAGAUGUACUCCUGCAAGCACUGCCCCUCCACCUUCUUCAGCUCGCCCGCCUUGACGCGACAUAUCAACAAGUGCCACCCGACCGAAAGCAGACAGGUGCUUUUACUGCAGGUGCCCGUUGGUCCAGGGUGCUGACUGUCAGUAAGCUGUCUUGAGACAUUUAUGGU